AUGCUUGAAAAAAGAUGCCAAGUUGACACGAUUUACCUCGACUUUGUGAAAGCGUUUGACAAAGUAAGUCAUGACCUUUUACUUGUGAAACUCCAUAACUUUGGCAUCAAAGGUAAUCUUCUUCGUUGGUUCAAAAAUUAUCUUUCUGGGCGUUUUCAAAGAGUCACUGUACAUGGUGUUACAUCUCAGCCGCUCCCACUACUAUCCGGCAUUCCCCAAGGAUCAAUUCUUGGACCAAUCCUCUUUCUUAUCUACAUAAACAAUCUUCCCGAUAGCGUCUCCCAAGUCACAGCCGUGUCAGUGUUUGCUGAUGAUACUAAAUGUCAUCGCGCUGUUCGUAACCACCAAGACAGAGAAAUCCUACAAUCAGAUCUUAACAAUAUUACGAACUGGUGUCAAGACUGGAGGAUGGAUUUAAAUAAAUCCAAGUGCGGAGUUCUUCAAUUUACUCGUUAUCUCCAACCUACUAUUAACCAGUACACAUUAGUUGACAUUCCAGUCAAACCUUUAACCUGUGUAAAAGAUCUUGGC